AUGAGCACCUGGCCUCAAAGCCGGACACUGACAGUCAUUCUCAGCAGCUUUGCGACACAACCCGCGCCUCCGCGCUCUGCCGCUCGCUGUCACCACUACAACCACCAAGCACAAGCGGGCGUCCUUUGGUCGAUGAAGCUUUUGGAAACCAUCAUGGUAGGUAUCCGCAUGUCCCUGGCGGUCUACUUGGUAUUACCAUUCUGUACCGCAGUAAAUGCGGUUACAGGAGCUUUCGACUGCUUAGCUCCGUCGGGCUCAGCGGGCUUGUUCCUGAAGCUGCAGAAGCCUGACUAUGCCAGAACGCCUGUCCCUGCUUACAGUGUCUGGUCCCGUGGUCUCAAAGUCGGCAAAAGCCCCUGCUACUAUUGGUCUGUGGGCGGAAAUCGCUACAUCAUUCUGGACGAUCCAAGGUUUUGCCACCAGGCACCGCCCACCGCCCGCUCAACUUCAUCCCAAAGCUGUCAAACGAACGAACUUCCAGACAAAACCGCCUCCUUCCGUCAGGGGCCACUGGUCUAA